CAUUCUUGUCAUUUACAUUGUAGCGGUGUCAUCUGCUAUCAAUUUGACUAUUAAAUUAAUAAUAAUUAAUUUGUGCCUUUGUGCGAAAUACUCAGAUUCAUCAGUUAUGUUUAAUAUUUCAAUGUGAAAUUUAUUAUUUAUUUAAUAUAAUAAAAAAAAUUUCUAAAUUAUUCGUUCUUGAUCAAUUCUAAGAAGUUGAUGUGAUUGAAGUAUGGCAAUGUGGACGACAUUUACGAAUUCAGGGAUAAAUCACUGAUCACGCUAAACAGAGAUCAAUUGCCUAUCUGUGUUAUUGAACAAUCAACCAAGUCUUGAAACUACGUAUCUUCAGAAUUAAAUAUACUGGAACUUCGGAUCCAAGUCGAGAAUCUGGUUUAGGUAGUGAUUCUGAUAACAUGGCUGAGUUGGCACAGCUUUUACAAGCUGAUAUACCGGAGGGUCGUAACAGCUUGUCAGACAGUCAUGUAAAUUUAGAACGUGUUGCUGAAUACUGUGAAGGAAACUAUUUUCAAGCUGAGAAUAAACGAUUAGCUUUAGAAGAAACCAAAAACUAUACUACUCAGUCGUUAGCUAGUGUUGCAUAUCAAAUAAAUACGCUAGCUUAUAAUUUUUUGCAAUUAUUGGACCUUCAAACAGUUCAACUAUCUGAAAUGGAUAGUCAAAUCAACCACAUUGCUCAAAAUGUAAUGAUUCACAAAGAAAAAGUUGCUAGACGAGAAAUUGGUGUUUUGACAGCAAAUAAAACGACCAACCGUCAGUAUAAAAUCAUUGCACCAGCUAAUCCAGAAAAGCCUAUUAAAUAUGUUAGAAAACCAAUCGAUUUUACAGCACUCGAUGAUAUUGGCCAUGGUGUUCGUAAUACUCCCCGUAUGGUUCGUCAACCAAUUUCAAACAGUUCUAGUGCUUCAACUAAUAUGUCAUCUGUUGGUCCUGCUCCUACAAUCAAACCACCUACUCCUCCAGCAGUAAUACGAGCUACUGGAUCAUUGAGUAAGGGGUCUCGUGAAUAUCGUACACCUCCUGCUGUUGCUCCACCUCAAGUUCCCAGUCAUUAUGCUCCUAAUUAUCCUCUUGGCCAUGUCAGACGCGAAAAGGGACCUGGUUAUAAUACUCUGCCUUUACAUCACACAUCUUCGUCUAGUAGCAUACAACCAUCUCCAAUCAUUGGCAUGGUGCAUCCAAUGCAGCAAUCUGAACAGCCUUCAUCUUUAAACUCAAUGCCUCCUCCGCCAUCUCCUCAUACAUUAAAUACAAGAAUGGGAGUUGGACCAGAUUUGUUGGAUCAUCAUCUCCAUCAGGCUCCUUUUUCAUCAAAUACUGACCACUACCGUUCAAAUAAUUCUCAACAGUCAUCUACAGACCAUUAUCGUUCAAAUAUAUCUCAACAAUCAACAGAUCAUUAUCGCUCAAAUACAUCGCAAUUAUCAUCUACUGACCAUUAUCGUUCAAAUUUAUCUCAACAAUCAUCCACUGAUCAUUAUCGCUCAAAUAUCCCACAACAGCCAACUACAGAUCAUUAUCGCUCGAACAUUCCCCAACUAACAUCUACUGACCACUACCGUGCAAAUACCUCACAGUUACCAGGUAUUUUAAAAAACUCAUCUCAAUAUCAUUCUUCAUCUGCAGUAGUCACUUCCCCUCAACAACAACAUACUAGACAAGCAUCAGCUUCUCCACCAUUGCCACCACCUCCAGAAGAUCAUUUUGGUCAUAUUGCUGCUGGUCCAAUUGUGCCCCAAGAACCUGAUCUUCCUGGAUGGGUUCCUAAGAAUUAUUUGGAAAAAGUAAUUGCAAUUUAUGAUUAUUAUGCUGACAAAGACGAUGAAUUAAGCUUUCAAGAAAAUUCAGUUAUUUAUGUCUUAAAGAAAAAUGAUGAUGGUUGGUGGGAAGGUGUAAUGGACGGUAUCACAGGCUUAUUCCCAGGAAAUUAUGUUGAAGGCUGUAAAUAAAGCAUGUUUACAUAUACUAAAUUAUUAAUAGCUUUAAUAUGAAUUUAUUAUUACUACAAUAUAUAAUAUAAUAUAACAACAUGUUCAUUUUUAUUAAAGAGCUAUAAACAAAAUAAGUUUAAGUUUAAAUUUAAAAUUGAAUUUGAAUUAUUUAUGUAUUUAAUAUUUAAUUAAGAUAAGAUAGUAGAUUUUAAAUUAGUUAUAAUAUUAAAUAUUUUAUUUCAGCGAGUGUUCUUCAAUAAUUAUCUAGUAUGUGUAAUGACUAUAAUAUUUCAUGUGUUUUAUAUUUAAUGUAUGAACUAUAAAUUAAUUCAAUUCGUAAUUAAUGGGGAAUGAUAUAGUGAUAUAGAAUCAUUAUAAAUUGGUAAAAUAGACCUGUUGAAUAUUUCUUUACUUUUAUUCAUUUUAAUUGCACGUUAGUAUGGAAUAUUUUCAUGCAUUAAUUUAAAAAUAUACUAAUAUUAUUUAAGUUAAGUGUUAAAUUAAAAAUAUUGCACAUUGUACACAAAUAAACAUUUAUUUUUUUUAUUUGUAUAAUUAAUGGUAUAACUAUUAUUUAAUUACAUUUUUAUAAAUAAUAUUAUAUAUGAUAUCUUUUAAAUUAAAUUGACUAUUGCAAUAAUUGUUAUUAAAAUUAUACAAUAUUAAUUAUUACAAUCAUAUUUAUUAUUAUAUUUUAUUUAAAUAUAAUAAAAACAAAUUUUAAUCAUUACUUAA